AUGAGAAAAAAGAAUCAUUUCAAGUAUGGUGAUUUAAUAUUAAUACCUGAACUUCAAAAAUCUGCAGGUUAUCAUUUGAAAUGUUACCGUAAUCUGGUUGCUGUAAAAAAAUCAGUGGUUGACGAAUUUAAUAAAUCUUCACAAAGAGAAAAUACAAAUAAUGAAAAAUUUACUAACGCUCAACCAAAUAUUUCUUCCAAUUCAACUGAUUUUGUUACCGAUUCUACUGGUUCAUCUGAACUACUGCCAUUAUCACUAUCAGAUGAAUAUGUGGAUAGUAGGAUACGAGAAUGUGAUAUACCUGAAGUAUUAUAUGAUAUUGUUAGUGCACUUGUUGAAGGACCCGACGUAAGAAGACAAAAGACUAAUUAUGACGAUGUGAGAAUUAAAUCACUAUGCGAAGAUAUUAUCUUUAUUGUGACAAAACGCAGGAUAAAGCCACCAAAACAACUCAAGCUGGGCUUAACAAUUAAAUUAUUAACAAACAGCCGAAUAUUAACUAUUUUAAAUAAACUUGGAUACACCAUAGCAUAUACAACUGCAGAAGAAUUAGAAACAGAAUUAACUUUUACAUCGCAUGAAACAAGUAAGUACAGUGAUGAGAAAAUAUUUUCGUAUGAUUCUGUUGUAAAAUAUGCUUCAAAAAUCAAGAAAAAUUCAAAAAUUGAUUGA